AUGGGUUGCCGCCGUUUAACCAGCUUAAGCAUUCUCUUAGUGUUCUGGGAAAUCAAACCGAUUACCAGCUCCCAAAAGGUGACGGUGGAUUUGGAAAAGUUCGAGCAAACCCUGGGAUUUGACCUGGUCAAUGCGACCGGAAUCACGGUGACGAAAUUCAACGCCACCACCUAUGUCCUGAAUGGGACCACCGAGACCUUCCAGGACUUUGCCGACGAUCACAUGUACUCUAUCUCGAUGGCCCACAGCAAAACCUACGGGAACUUUAAGGAGUGGCCAUUCAAAGUCGUCCGGCAAACGCCCUGCCAGUUUCUGAACGGGGUCUACAAGGACUACCAGAAGUACAUCGUCGAUUACAGCAACCUGCCCCGGGUCGGAGACGAACGUUACUGUCCCUUCCGGGCCGGGACCUACUGGGUCAAGGAGUGGACCACCGGAACCGAUUGGGUUGUUCCGAUCGCACCGGCCGGCUACUGGAGGUUCACAGCCGAUUUGCUGGAUAAGAAUGAGAAAAUCGUCAUGCAGCUGCAGGCGUACAUCAAAUUGAUGCGGAAGGGAGUGCUUUGAAAUGUGUUUUUACUAGAAAUCACAGCAUCUCAUAUAAAAAUCGGCUUUUCAGAACUUUACUUAAACUAAACUCGAGCUUAUUGAAGCUUAGGAAGAAGUAAAAAUUGAAUAUAUUGGCCCUGUGAUAACGGUUUAUAA